AUGAUUGAUAAGUUAUUAUUUAUUUUGAUUUGUUUCAUUUAUCCAUUUGUGCAUUCAGCAAAAGAAGCUGUUUUAUGCGAUACUCGUGAAGCUCGUGAUUAUUUAAAUUGGUAUAAAAUUUCAACACAUGGAUAUUUCAAUGAUGGUUGGGGUGAAUUAAGUUUCGAAGCUAAAAUGUAUCCAACAUUAUUAUUAUCAACAUCAUCAUCAACAUUAUGGCGUACACAAUAUGUAUGUGAUAUCACAUCGGAACGUCGUGUUGAUAAUUGGUUACGUUCACCAUAUUUAAGACGUCAACAAGCACAACGUAUUGAAAUUGAACUUGGAUUUUCUAUACGUGAUUGUUCAACAUUUCAAACACCAAAUGAAAUACGUUCAUGUCGUGAAACAUUUGAACUUUAUAUACAUGAAAAUGAUAAUGAAGAAAAUGAAUUUUUAUCAUCAUCAUAUAAAUUAGUUGAUAUUAUUGCUGGAAAUCGUUUUACAUCGAAUACUUAUGGUAGUCAAACAUCAUCACAUGGAAAUAAUUUAACAGUUAAUGUUAAAACUCGUGGUAUAUCUGUAAAUAAAAAUGGUUUUUAUAUUGCAUUUCGUGAUCAAGGUGCAUGUAUAUCAUUAUUAUAUGUUAAAAUUUUUUAUCGUUUAUGUCAAGAUAUAUCUGUUGGUCUUAUACAUUUUCCCGAAACACCAACUGGAUCACAUUUAACAGAUAUUAUUGAACGUCAUGGUAUAUGUACAAUGAAUUCUAAAAUAAUUCAAAAACCUAUAGGAUUUUGUAAAGGCAAUGGUGAAUGGACAUUUCAAGAAACAUCAUUACAUGAUAGUUGUAAUUGUCAACAGGGUUAUGAACUACUUAUUGAUAAUAAUUCGAAGAAUAAUAGUCUUUUAUCUCGUGCCAUUUGUAAGGUUUGUCCAAUAGGUACAUAUAAAUUAACAAUAAGUAAUAAUGAUCGUUGUGAACAAUGUCCAUUGAAUAGCCAUACAACAAGUAAAGGUUCAUCAUUAUGCAUUUGUAGUGAUGGCUUUUUUCGUUUGAAUUCAUCAAUAUUUAAUUCAGCAUGUAUCGAAAGUCCAAAUCAGCCAGAAAAUGUAACAAUAGACAAUAUUGAUCAAAAUUCAGUUCGAAUCUCUUGGAAACAAUCAUAUGGUAAUGUUUAUCAUAUUGAAUGUAGUCAUUUCAUACCAUGUGAAUCAUAUAUAACCUAUGAGCCAAAUCGAACAUUUAUAAAUGGUUCAAGUGUAAGAAUUUCGGGUCUUGAUGAUCGUACAAAUUAUAAGAUAAAAUUAUUUUCUGAACACAUAUCAACACAUUUAUUUAGUAAACCUAUUGAUUUAUCGUUUACAACAAAACGACCAAUAUCUCAACAAAUUCGUGAUAUAAAUAUUCGACGAAUAACAUUUGAUACAAUUGUCAUAACAUGGUUAUCAAAUGAUUUUGAUCAAUAUCAAAUACGUUAUUGGUCAUUAAUUGAUGAAAAUAAAAAAAUUCUUGUAACACUUUUAGUAAAUAAUUUUACAUUAAUAACAACAACUGAUAAUUAUAAAUUUCAAAUACGAGCUCAUAAUAAACUUGGUUGGACUUUUUAUACACAAGAAAAAUUAAUUUCAUUACAUUCAAUAACAGUUGAUAAAUCUUUAACAUCAGAUCUAACAACAAAUAAACAUAUUCUUAUAUUUGGUCCAUUAAUUAUUCUUGUAUUAAUAAUUAUUGUUAUUAUUUUAGCAUUUAUUUAUUUUAAAAAAACACAUUUAUGUCAAUUAAAAACAGCAAGUGACUGUGAAUCAUUAGAUUAUCAAAAACGACAAGUAAGUGGUCAUUAUGGACCUGAUGCAUUCUUCAAUUCAGGCUGGACAGCUCCAUUAUGGCCUUCAAUUACAACAACAGCUAAGACUUAUAUUGAUCCUCAUACAUAUGAAGAUCCAACUAAAGCAGUCAAGGAUUUUGCACGUGAACUUGAUCCAAAUUUAAUUGUCAUUGAAUCCGUCAUUGGUGGAGGAGAAUUUGGUGAUGUCUGUCGUGGCAAAUUACGUACAACAAAUAUGAUGAAAGAUAUUCUUGUAGCAAUAAAAACAUUAAAACAAGGUGCAACAGAUAAAACUCGUUUAGAUUUUUUAUCUGAAGCGAGUAUUAUGGGACAAUUUGAUAAUGAAAAUGUUAUUUAUUUGGAAGGUGUUGUUACAAAACAUCAUCCAAUUAUGAUUGUAACUGAAUAUAUGGAAAAUGGUUCAUUAGAUACUUAUCUUCGAGCAAAUGAAGGAAAUAAAUGUCUUGAUGCAUUACAAUUAACACGUAUGUUAUGUGGUAUUGCAUCCGGAAUGAAAUAUUUAUCAGAAAUGAAAUAUAUUCAUCGAGAUUUAGCAGCACGAAAUAUUCUUGUUAAUAAAGAUCUCGUAUGUAAAGUUGCUGAUUUUGGUUUAAGUCGUGAAAUCGAUGAAGACGAUAGUUAUACAACAAAAGGUGGAAAAAUUCCCAUACGUUGGACAGCUAUUGAAGCAAUUGAUUAUCGAAAAUUUACAUCAGCAUCUGAUGUAUGGAGUUUUGGUGUAUUAUGUUGGGAAGUUAUUUCAUUUGGUGAAAGACCAUAUUGGAAUUGGUCAAAUCAAGAUGUGAUUAAAGCAAUUAAAAGUUCUUUUCGUCUUCCACCACCUAUGAAUUGUCCUGAUGUACUUUAUAAAUUAAUGCUUGCAUGUUGGAAUGAACAAUAUUUAGAACGACCAAAGUUUAGUGAUAUUGUACAACAGUUAACACAAUAUAUUCAAUUACCAAAUCAACUUUUUCCACUAGCCAAACAGAGAUUCAUCUUUGUCAAUCAUCCAGAUCAACCCAAUAUUACUCAAGUAACAUCAAUUAUUGAUUGGCUUCAUAAUCUUCAACUUGAUCGUUUAAUAUGUAUAUUCAUUAAUGCUGGUUAUACAAAUCUUUCACAAAUAUGUCAUUUUAAUUCAUCAGAUUUAAAGAUUUUUAUUGGUAAUAAUGUUACACAUGAUGAACAAAUUCGUCUAUUAGAUAGUUUAGAUCGUAUACAAUCCGAACUUUUAUUAAUAUCAUCGAAAUCAUUAUUGACUAGUGAAGGUUAUCUAGUAUAA